UGCGCAGUGUGGUACAAUUCCCAUGUUAUUUGUCACCCACACACCACUCUCUGACGACUUCGGGAAGAUGAUUCUGGUGCUGUUUCUCGUGGUGUUCCAAACCUUCAUGGCUUCCGCCCAACACGGCAACUACAAGAGGUUUUGCUACGUGAGCGGCUGGGCGCGGUACCGCGCUAGCCCCGUGACGUUCAACCCCGAGGACAUCGCACCUCACCUGUGCACCCAUCUCAGCUUUGCCUUCGCCACCCUGGACGACUCGGGCACCCAGCUGAAGGCUGCUGACAGUGGGGAUGACCCAGGCAUGUACAAACGUUUCAACGCCCUCAAAUCCGGCAGUCCCCACCUGAAGACCUUGUUGUCUGUAGGAGGAUGGACAAUGGGGUCCAAGCUGUUUAGUGUGCUCGUUGCCAACGACAGCAACAUCGAGGCCUUCAGCACUAGUACUGUCAAGUUCUUGCGAGACCAUGGGUUUGACGGCCUUGACAUUGACUGGGAAUAUCCGGCAGCCAGAGGAAGCGGCCCGAGGGACAAGCAGAGGUUCACGAAACUCGUACAGACUCUGCAUCUGGCGUUCAAGACCGAGGCCCGUGAUUCCGGCAAGCCUCAUCUUCUCCUCACGGCAGCCCUGGCUCCGUCCCCCUACCACGUGCAGGAGUCGUAUGAAGCGGUCCUACUUGCAAAAUCACUGGACCUGAUCAACCUGAUGACGUACGACAUGCACGGAGAGUGGGACAAGCCUAUGUUAGUCGGUCACCAUGCUGCGCUGUACGGCACGACUACUGAUCCCAACUUGAAUGUUGACGCUAUGGCUAGCUACUGGGCCAGUUUGGGGAUACCAAAACACAAGCUUCUAAUCGGUGUGCCGUUCUAUGGAAAAACCUUCUCUCUGAAUGACACCAGUGUGAAUGGGGUGGGGGCACCUGCAUAUGGUCCGGGGGCUGCUGGAAAAUUAACUCAUGAAGAAGGAACUCUGGCUUACUAUGAGGUGUGCCAGCUUCUGGGCAAUACUACAUCAAAGAUGAGCGCCAACCAAUCUGUGCCCUACCUGGUGGACAAUGAGAGAUGGGUUGGUUAUGAUGAUGAAAAGAGUCUACAAGAAAAGGUGAAAUACGUCAUUGACCACGGCUACGGGGGUAUCAUGGUCUGGGCCCUGGACCUGGACGACUUUGGAGGAAUCUGUGGCAAGAAGUUUCCCCUCAUCCACGCUAUCAAAGAUGCUUUCAGUACUAUUGUGGGCAAACGACAACUGACAGACAUCGCUGCAACGAUUCCCCACGGCAAUGCUGUGGCUCCCACUCAGAACAUCAAUGGAGGCUCAUCUGGAAACUUUGUGUCCAACUUCUGUGCUGACAAGACAGAUGGACUUUACCCCGACGCCUCCUCCUGUCAAUACUAUUACACCUGUACAUUCGGGCAGACCAUCAGAGAGCCGUGUCCCUAUGGUACAGUGUUCCACAGUGCCAUACAUGUCUGUGACUUCCCACACCCUGAUGGCGGAUGCAGCUAGUCAGUGUCAGAGCUAUGUCAAUGUACACCCGUCUUUAGAAAUAUUUUCCUGAUGGGUUUAUGUCAGAGCUAUGGAGUUUCACCUUUGUACACCCGUCUUUUAGAAAGUUUCUUCUGGCAGAUCAGUUCUUGGGAGAAUAAACGUUUAAAGCAAA